AAAGAAAGAAAGAAAAAAGUAAAAAAGAAAAACGAAAAACCGCCAGAAAACAAAUGCAUUAACAACGUGAAUUAGGCCGAACGGAAUCGGAGUCAGAGAUCUGCUACUGAACCCUAAUAAACUCCUCAUUUUUUCAAGCUUUUUCUUUCUUCGUGGCGUGCUGUUCAUCAUCUUUAGCUGCAGAUCGAUUUCCGUUUGUUCUUGGAAGCCUCAUUUCUGGGUAGUUUGUCCAGACAACAUGGUUUACGCAUCGCAAAUUAUCAACCACUCUAAAAAGUUAAGAAGUGCUCCAAAGUUACUUCAGCAAGCUAGUGUGAUUCGCUGGUUUUCAAAUGAAGUGCAGUCCUCUAUUGUCAAACAAGAUGAAAUUUGGAAGAUCCAGGGUUUUGGUUACCAGGCUUCGCAAAAGGGGGGAAUUAGGAACCUUGUCAAUGUUAACAACAGACCACACCUUUUCCAGUGUAAUAGAGGUGUUUCAAUGAUGACUACAAGUGUGGGGAGUCCUUUUUCUGGUUCACUGAUAAAUUCCAAGAGAGGUUUUUCCUCUGAUUCAGGCCUACCCCCACAUCAAGAGGUUGGAAUGCCUUCGCUUUCCCCUACAAUGACAGAGGGCAACAUUGCAAGGUGGCUGAAAAAAGAGGGAGAUAAAAUUUCUCCUGGGGAAGUGCUUUGUGAAGUUGAAACAGACAAAGCAACAGUAGAAAUGGAAUGCAUGGAGGAAGGUUAUCUUGCCAAGAUACUUCGUGGAGAUGGGGCAAAGGAAAUUAAAGUUGGUGAGGUAAUUGCCAUUACUGUUGAAGACGAAGAGGAUGUAGUAAAGUUCAAAGAUUAUGAACCCAGUUCGUCAAGUGCUGGUGCUGGUGCUGCAGCUGAUAAGGAGUCAUCUGCCUCUAGCCCACCCAAGAAAGAAGCAGUUGAGGAAUCAGUUCCUUCACCUGAGCCAAAGACUGCUAAGCAGAGUCCUCCUGCUCCAGCUGGAGAGCGUAUUUUUGCUAGUCCUCUGGCAAGAAAACUAGCAGAAGAAAACAAUGUGCCCAUUUCAAGUAUCAAAGGAACAGGUCCUGACGGGAGCAUUGUGAAGGCUGACAUAGAAGAUUACUUGGCUUCACGUGGAAAGAAAUCAACGACAGCCCCCAAAGCCAAGGAUGCAGUAGGUGGUCUAUUGGAUUACAUUGAUAUCCCACAUACUCAAAUAAGAAAGGUUACAGCAUCACGUUUACUUUUCUCAAAGCAGACCAUUCCUCACUAUUAUUUAACUGUAGAUACAUGCGUUGACAAGCUAAUGGAUUUGAGAAGCCAGCUAAAUGCAUUACAAGAAGCAUCUGGUGGAAAGAGGAUAUCUGUUAAUGACCUUGUUAUUAAGGCUGCUGCCUUGGCUCUUAGGAAAGUACCUCAAUGCAACAGUUCAUGGACGGACAAUUAUAUUAGACAGUACCACAACGUAAAUAUUAAUGUUGCAGUGCAGACUGAUAAUGGACUCUACGUUCCCGUCAUCAGGGAUGCAGACAAGAAAGGUUUAUCUGGUAUUUCGGAAGAGGUCAAGAAAUUGGCUCAGAAAGCGAGAGAGAACAGCUUAAAACCAGAAGAUUAUGAGGGAGGCACUUUUACUGUGUCUAACUUGGGAGGCCCAUUUGGCAUCAAGCAAUUUUGUGCCAUUAUCAACCCUCCACAGUCGGGCAUUCUUGCUGUUGGAUCUGCUGAGAAGAGGGUUAUACCCGGAUCAGGCGCCGAAGAAUUCAAGUUUGCUUCGUUCAUGUCUGUUACACUGAGCUGUGACCAUCGCGUUAUUGAUGGGGCAAUCGGUGCAGAUUGGCUCAAAGCAUUCAAGGGCUACAUCGAGAAUCCUGAAUCAAUGUUGUUAUAGAUUGAUUGAGUUCUCCACUUCCUCAUCAAACAAUUUAUCGUUUUGUCCCAUAAGCAAUCAUGUGGAAAGAUAUGAAUGCGAUCUCAGCUCUUCUUUUGGAUUUCUUUUUCCGGCUUCGGUUGUAUCAUUAGUCUCCUAUAUUUGGCAACCAAGGAGAUUGGAGUUUGCAUAGAUUAUGGGAAUAAGGUGGUCAUUGUUGAGAAAUUAAAGCUUUGAAACGAAUGUAGAUUGAAAAUUUCCCUUUUAACCGGCCACGUAGGUUACGAUUGGUCAAUCGCCAGAUCAAUAAGGAUAGUCCAGUGACGAAGAGAAAAUUUUGUAUGUUUCGUUGGCUGAUAGUUUAUUCCAUUGCUCCCAUCUUCUAGGAUGGGAAGUUGUGAAGAGUUGAGAUGUGUUAAAACUCCUUUGGUGGAAUGAUCUAAACUUAUUCUUUUCGAGACAUAAGGUUUCUUUCAAUAAAGUCGACUUCGGUUCGGGUUGUAA